AUGCUGGCUCUUGGUUACCUACUGCUCCUUCAUUUACUGGUAUACACAGCCGCUCAGAAUCCCUUGUCAACGUUGCAGUUUGUGGCCUUCUGGUUUCGACAUGGCGAGCGAACACCAACGCACUACAUGUACUUCCCCAAAGAAAUACCCCCAUUGAUUCGAUAUACGGAAGCGGAGCCAGGGGAGCUUACAAAUAGAGGUAUCCAACAAGCUUAUCAACGGGGACAGUUUAUACGAACACAUUACGACAGCUUCCUUGGCCUCGUGUAUCGUCCUUCAGAAUUGAUUAUGAAUAAUACCCAACUUCCCUAUCCGAGAUGGGCGGAGCCACUGAGAGCGAACGUGUCGUUGUACCGAAAUAUUUUCCAUCAAAGAAUGAUUGAUGCACAGAGUGAAACAGCUGGAAGAUAUCAUUCCGAGAUGCUAUUAUCCUUCAUCGAAGAUCAUCUGAAUAGGCCUCUUAUGGCUCGAAAUAAGGCCGUAUUCAUAUCAGGGCAUGACUCCAAUUUCAUGGCACUUGGUCGUCAACUCAACAUCACACAAAUAGCCAAUGAAAUGCUUCCAUUCGCGGCUCUGCUGACCGUUGAGCUUCACGUUAUCAAUGGAACUAACUUUGUGGAGUUGUGGCUCUCACCAACACUGACGGAAGAGCUGGUUCGCGUGGAUAUCCCACAAUGCCCUAACCCAUGCCGAUUAGAAACACUGCAGAAUGUUCUCAAGGACCGUCGCCUAUCAAAGCCUUCAUGGGAAGCACAAUGCCUUGGAUUGGAGGCGAACGCUUAUGAUGGUAUUGUGACA